AUGAGGGAAGGAAGGAAGGAAGCCAAGGCCUAUGAGGGAAACCCCCCCAACCAUCUCUCCUGCUCGCCCCCUCAUGAUGUCCCCCCCUCAGGGAAGGACUAUGAGAACGCGGUGAAGUUCUACAGCAGCGCCAUCGAGCUGAACCCCGGCAACGCCAUCUACUACGGCAACCGCAGCCUGGCCUACCUGCGCACCGAGUGCUACGGCUACGCCCUGGCCGACGCCACGCGCGCCGUGCAGCUCGACGCCAAGUACGUCAAGGGCUACUACCGGCGCGCCGCCAGCAACAUGGCCCUGGGCAAGUUCAAGGCCGCCCUGCGCGACUACGAGAUGGUGGUGAAGGUGAGGCCCAACGACAAGGACGCCAAGCUCAAGUACCAGGAGUGCCACCGCAUCGUCAAGCAGAAGGCCUUCGAGAGGGCCAUCGCCAGCGACGAGACCAAGCGCUCCGUGGUCGACUCCCUGGACAUCGAGAGCAUGACCAUCGAGGACGAGUACAGCGGCCCCAAGCUGGAGGACGGGAAGGUCACCCUGGCCUUCAUGAAGGAGCUCAUGCAGUGGUACAAGGACCAGAAGAAACUCCACAGGAAAUGUGCCUACCAGAUCCUGGUGCAGGUGAAGGAGGUGCUGGCCAAGCUCCCCACCUUGGUGGAGACGACGUUGAAGGAGACGGAGAAGGUGACGGUUUGUGGUGACACCCACGGGCAGUUCUACGACCUGCUCAACAUCUUCGAGCUCAACGGGCUGCCCUCCGAGACCAACCCUUAUAUCUUCAACGGGGACUUUGUGGACCGCGGGUCCUUCUCAGUCGAGGUCAUCCUGACGCUCUUCGGCUUCAAGCUGCUCUACCCCGACCACUUCCACCUGCUCAGGGGUAAGAUGGGGACACAGGGGACAAGGGCGCUGGCCCCUGUCCCCAACUGGGAGG